AUGGACCAAAUUCAAUUUACAGGUUAUGCGGCGUUAAUUCUUGGAACGGCUGUCGCAGUGCCCAUAUUGGCCGUAACACGCGCCAGCGUUCACUAUGAUCCGGUUUCAAAAAAUGAAUAUUGUGUCUACGAUCAUAGUCAAGGACCAUUAAGAUUCUUCGUUACUGCUUCCAUUUCUCUUGACUUUUUAAUUGAUAUUUAUGUUACUGUACGACUUGUGCAAAUUCUCAGGAAAGCAAACAAAAAUGCUGCUCAAAUAUCAACAAACAUAAGUCAUAAGAGUAAACGCUCAUUAUUCACGGCCGUUAUGUAUUGGAAUUUUCUAAGAAUGUUCUUUGCUUUCCUUUCUCACGUGGAAUCUGCCGUUGGCAUGGUCAUGAUAUACAAACCAACCGAUGUUGAUUUUAUUAUAUUGGAUCUCGCUAUAAAAACAGUUUUAAACAUAGGUUUGGUUUAUACUAUCACUGCUGACGCAGAAAUUGUUAAAGUCAUCGAGGGUAAAAAUUUGAAUAAAGACAGCUCGGCCGGUACCGAGAAAUCAUUUAAAAGUUCUCCAAGUCCCUACACUCCGCGCACUCCACGUAAAUUUAAAGACUCUCACUUUUCAUCGUCUAAUGAUUUACCACAAUAUUCGCCUACUGAACGAGGACAAAUAAGUCAAAUAGAUGAAGAUAAACAUGUCGUCGUAUCAAUGAAGAGAUUAUCCUUUUUUGAGUGGGCAAAUUUUGUGAUGGGAAAACGUAAUAAAAAUGAUAACUCCAAUAAUUCUCAUGAAGAGGAGAUUGAAGCUACAGGAACUGAUGUUGAAAAAGGUUUUUCUGAACGAAGAGGCAGUGAAUUAAGCUAUGCAUCGUCAAACUCAACAUCAACGAAUGAUGAUAUCCACGCUAUUUAA